GCCCUCCGUUUUAAUUACAUACUCCGGCCAGCCGGGGUCGCUGAUGUGCCUCUGCGCUGUUUUCCAACUGAAUACGAAGAAGAAUGCUAAGCUAACGGUGGUGUCUAAUAGGACGCUGUAGCGUUUAAACUCAGUUUAUAGGCUCGUUUCUCUGAACCGCGGACAUCGAGACAGCUUACAAAAGAAAUGUGACUUUCUAAAGACUUGAGUUCAAAUCAGUGUUUAAAUCGUUAUGUCGCGCUAGCCACUUAGCCGGUUAGCUCUUGUUGCCUGACAACGGACCGGAAGCCAAACAAACCACUAGCGGGUUAGCGGGUGCUAAUCGGCUAAAGGAUCCCCGUUUAUAGAUUUUCCACUCAGACAUCAAAGGUCCGGGAUGGCGGAGGACGGCAGGCGCGGACAGGAAGAGGACCGCGGGCCCGGAGCGGCUCACCAUGCGUUUGUAGUGAUGGAGAGCCUGCUGGAGAAGCUGAAGGUGCUCAACUAUGAGGAGGAAGUUCUGAGCAAACACAACAUGAAGAACCUGUCCAGGCAUUACUUCGUCUCCGGUCCGUACCUGGCGUCCAACCCCGGCGAACAGUUCUACAUGUUCACCAUCAUCGCGGCGUGGCUCAUCAACAUGGCGGGGAGGCCGUUCACCGAGCCGCAGGAGUACGACGAACCCAACGCCACCGUGUCCAACAUCCUGGCAGAGCUCCGGGCCUUCGGCGUUCGGGUGGACUUCCCGCCCUCCAAGCUGAAGUCGGGCUCGGGCGAGUACGUCUGCUUCGUGUUGGACCGACUGGCCGAGGAGGCGCUGAGGAGGAGAGGCUUCACCUUCAGGAAGCCAAACUACCCCUCAGAAACCACAGAAGAAGAGUCUGUGCUGGAGGACGACACCGAGCUCACGCUCAGCAGAGUCGAGGACGAGCUCAUCGACGAAGGCGACGAUGAGGAGGAGAACGUGAUGGACCUCGAGGCUCUGAAGUUACGAAGCACUCACGCUGAAGCUGAGCCGUCCUCCAAACCCGAUGACAUCCUGGAGUCGGCGGUCGACGCGGCGGAGUGGAACCUGGAGGUGGAGCGAGUCCUGCCGCAGCUUAAAGUCACUAUCAGGACCGACAACAAGGACUGGAGGAUCCACGUGGACCAGAUGCACCAGCACAGAGACGGGAUCCAGUCCUCGCUCAAAGAGGCCAAGACCCACCUGGACAAGCUGCAGGAGGACAUCGGAAAGACGCUGGAGAAGGUGAGCAGCAGAGAGAAAUACAUCAACAACCAGCUGGAGCAUCUGAUCCAGGACUACCGCAGCGCCCAGGCCAAACUCAGCGAGGCCAAAGAGCACUACCAGCAGGCCAGCGGAGGAGUGACGGAGAGAACCAGAGUCCUGGCCGAGAUCAGCGAGGAGUUGGAGAAGGUGAAGCAGGAGAUGGAGGAGAAAGGCAGCAGCAUGUCUGACGGAGCUCCGGUGGUGAAAGUGAAGCAGAGCCUGACGAAGCUGAAGCAGGAGAUCGUUCAGAUGGAUUUGAUGAUCGGCGUGCUGGAGCACACGCUGCUGCAGGCCAAACUCAGGGAGAAGUCCAACAUGACGCGGGACAUGCUCGCCACUAACAUCCCCGAGCCCGCCGCCGGGCCCUUCGCUUAGCGCCGCCGCCAGAAACCGAGAGGAAGUGAAGGGUUCAGAAACAGGAAGCUGUGGUUUCAUCUGUAUUUAUUACCCACAUAUUUUUCUAUUUCCUGCAGUGAAUAUUUUUGUGUCUUUGGAUAUAAAAUACAUUUUGAUUAACUUGAAUAA